AUGAAUGCAAUAUCAUUAGCCCUAAUAUCCUCAAUAAUAUUUAAUAUAGCUUUAGCGCAAAAGUGUUUGGGCUCAGAGUCACUCAUAGAUUGCUUUUCAUUCUUAAAAAAAAAAACAAAAAAAAAACAUAAGAUAGAUGAAUCAGUUAAAGAUAAGGGAGCGUACGACCCUGAUAUUCCAGAUAUCAAAUUUAUAGAUGAAUUCAAUCCAACAAUGAUAGAAGAUCACGAAUGCCAUCAAACUGAAUUAGAUGACCCCUUUAUCUCAGAAGCCAAUGGUACUAUCAUUGAUAAAGCUCCCAAAUUUUUAAGAGGAAAAAAUAAGCUCAGGAUAAAAGGAUGGUAUAUUAGACCAUAUGAAGAAGAGUAUGAAGAUAUGAUAAAUGCUAUGUUUAUGGAUCUUAACAAUUAUCAGUCCGGCCAAAAGGACGAACAUAAACAAGAAUCCAGCACCAUUGCAAUACCUAAUUCGCUUGAAAAACAAAAAUUACCCGCAAUACUUGAAGAAUAUUUAAGUACACAAGGUGAAAAUGAAAAAUUCGAUGAAGAUAUUGCAAUGUUUAGGUUUAUGCUUCCGGAAAUGGGCAUGAUAAUUCAGGGUGUAUGGGUUGAUGGUUUAGGGUUAAAGCUUCAGGGUUUAUGUGAAGAUGCUUCUGUUGAAUUAACUAUAACAUAA